ACUCAUUUCAGCAGAGGCGGGACAGAAACAACCUGACACCUGGGGCCUUUUAUGGGACUCCUUCAGGGGACUUUGUACAUCAUUAAAGAGGACCAGAGAGUUUGCCAAGAGCCAGCAAGUAGCAGUUGAAAGAGCAAAGGUGUGCACAACAGCCAGGACUUAGCUCGGUGCUCAAGAAGUGUACUUAUUUGACCUCCCUUUGGAUAAGGCAGUGUCCAGGCCACACUUGGGGCUCUACGCUCGGGUCCUCCUGUAACACCUGUUGCUGGGAGUUACAUAGCACAGCAGCAUCUGUAAGAUUUUACAGCGAAGGACUAACAAAAACUCCACUGGCACAGGAUGUUCUGCAAGAAGUUUCCUCAUGUUCUUGUGAAUGUUGAUAACAGCUCUCAACCCUCUAUUUGAUGGGGAUUUUGCAAUGUGCGUUUUUAAUGGUCCCAAGUGAUGGUGGUUUACACGGAGGACGAGCUGAGCCCUGCACGACUGGUUAGCACGGUGGAGUUUACAGCGGCAUCUGCCGGCUGGUGGGUGUGAACCUCGGGCUUUCAGCGUCUCAACCCGACAGGAAGCAUGUCUAAGAAGAGCCGGAACAAGGGCGAGAAGCCCGACACGGAGGCUGAUGCCGUGCAAAUGGCCAACGAGGAGCUGCGGGCCAAGCUGACGAGCAUUCAGAUCGAGUUCCAGCAGGAAAAGAGCAAGGUGGGCAAACUGCGCGAGCGGCUGCAGGAGGCCAAGCUGGAGCGCGAGCAGGAGCAGCGGCGGCACACGGCCUACAUCUCGGAGCUCAGGGCCAAGCUGCAUGAGGAGAAGACCAAGGAGCUGCAGGCGCUUCGCGAGGUGCUCAUCCGGCAGCACGAGCAGGAGGCCGCACGCACAGCCAAGAUCAAGGAAGGCGAGCUGCAGCGGCUGCAGGCCACACUCAAUGUGCUGCGGGAUGGUGCGGCCGACAAGGUCAAGACGGCGUUGCUGGCCGAGGCGCGAGAGGAGGCGCGCAGGACCUUUGACGGCGAGCGCCUACGGCUGCAGCAGGAAAUCCUGGAGCUCAAGUCCGCGCGCAAGCAGGCAGAGGAGGCGCUCAGCAACUGUAUGCAGGCGGACAAGACCAAGGCGGCGGACCUGCGCGCUGCCUAUCAGGCGCACCAGGACGAGGUUCACCGCAUUAAACGGGAAUGCGAACGUGACAUCCGCAGGCUGAUGGACGAGAUCAGAGGGAAGGAUCGUGUUAUUCUGGCCUUGGAGAAGGAACUUGGGGUUCAGACGGGUCAGACUCAGAAGCUGCUUCUUCAAAAGGAGGCUUUGGAUGAGCAGUUGGUUCAGGUCAAAGAGGCGGAACGGUACCACAGUAGCCCCAAGAGAGAGCUCCCGCCUGGGAUAGGGGACAUGGCAGAGCUCAUGGGCGUCCAGGAUCAACAUAUGGAUGAGCGAGACGUGCGGCGAUUCCAGCUAAAAAUUGCUGAGCUGAACUCGGUGAUACGGAAGCUGGAGGACAGAAAUACCCUCCUGGCGGACGAAAGGAACGAACUGCUGAAACGCUCCCGGGAGACCGAGGUCCAGCUGAAGCCCCUUGUGGAGAAGAACAAGCGAAUGAACAAGAAGAAUGAGGAUUUGCUGCAGAGCAUCCAGAGGAUGGAGGAAAAAAUCAAGAACCUCACAAGGGAGAACGUGGAAAUGAAAGAAAAGCUGUCCGCCCAGGCGUCUCUGAAGCGACACACUUCCUUGAACGACCUCAGCCUGACCAGGGACGAGCAGGAGAUCGAGUUCCUGCGGCUGCAGGUGUUGGAGCAGCAACACGUCAUCGACGACCUCUCACUGGAGAGGGAACGGCUCUUGCGCUCCAAAAGACAUCGUGGGAAAAGUCUGAAGCCCCCCAAGAAGCAUGUUGUGGAGACGUUUUUUGGAUUUGAUGAGGAGUCCGUGGACUCGGAAACAUUGUCAGAAACAUCCUGCAACACAGACAGGACAGACAGGGCCCCGGCCACACCAGAGGAAGACUUGGACGAUACGACGACCAGGGAGGAGGCUGAUCUGAGGUUCUGCCAGCUGACCAGGGAGUACCAGGCCCUGCAGCGGGCCUACGCCCUGCUUCAGGAGCAGGUCGGGGGGACGCUGGAUGCAGAGAGAGAGGCCCGGACUCGGGAACAGCUCCAAGCUGACUUGCUGAGGUGUCAGGCCAAAAUCGAAGACUUAGAGAAGUUACUGGUUGAAAAGGGACAGGAUUCCAAGUGGGUGGAAGAGAAGCAGCUGCUCAUCAGAACAAACCAAGACUUGCUGGAAAAGAUUUACAGGCUGGAAAUGGAAGAGAGUCAGCUGAAGAACGAAAUGCAAGACGCGAAGGACCAGAACGAGCUACUAGAGUUCCGAGUGCUGGAGCUCGAAGAAAGAGAGCGGAGGUCGCCAGCAUUUAACCUCCAAAUCAGCACCUUCCCCGAGAACAACAGCAGCGCCCUCCAGCUGUUCUGUCACCAGGAAGGAGUUAAGGAUGUGAAUGUUUCUGAACUUAUGAAGAAGCUAGAUAUCCUUGGCGAUAAUGGGAAUUUGAGAAACGAAGAACAGGUUGCAAUAAUCCAAGCUGGAACUGUGCUUGCCCUGUGUGAAAAGUGGCUGAAGCAAAUAGAGGGAACUGAGGCAGCCCUGACCCAGAAGAUGCUGGACCUGGAGAGGGAAAAGGACCUGUUCAGCAGGCAGAAGGGCUACCUAGAGGAGGAGCUGGACUACAGAAAGGAAGCCCUCGACCAGGCGUACCUGAAAAUCCAGGAGCUGGAGGCCACGCUGUACAACGCGCUGCAGCAGGAGCCGGGGCGGAGGGCCAGCGAGGCGCUGAGCGAGGGCCAGCGGGAGGACCUGCAGGCCGCCGUGGAGAAGGUGCGCCGGCAGAUCCUGAGACAGAGCCGCGAGUCCGACAGCCAGGUCCUGCGGGAGCGCAUGGAGCUGCUGCAGCAGGCCCAGCAGAGAAUCCGAGAACUGGAGGCUAAGCUGGAGACCCAGAAGAGACAUCUGAAGGAGUUGGAGGAAAAGCAUUCAUUCUGUGGCCUUGAUGACUUCAGUGAGCAAAGAACUCGGGAUAGAAAAAUUGCUUAUGGAAUAUGUUGAGUCCCCAUGGCAACCCCAGCCCCACUCAAAGCAAAAUUCAACAGCAAAACAAGCUACUUCAAGCCAGAGACUGAACACAGAAUCCACGAGUACUCGAUGAGGAGGCCUUUUGGCUCCAUGGCUGGGUCCCGGCUGGGCUGAGCUGCAGGAGCCCCGAAGAUGAUGGGGAUUUUUGUCAAGCUCGGGGCUUCAUCUGAGUCCCUACUCUGGCACAUUCUAAGCCUGAGGGGCAGAGACCUGAAUACCAGGAAACUAAGUGCAAUUACUAGAAACUGAGUCACUGGAGGGCCACUGCACUGUCAGGGGCUGGGCCGGAGUCCUUGUCCCUGCUCUGCAUGCCCCCUGCCCCCCAGCCAUGGGGGCAUGUCCAGCUGGACAUAGACCUAUGUACAUAUAUCUCCAUGAACUGUGCUCUGUGUACCCUGGAAUCUGUCAGCCAGAGUGACUUGCAAAUGUCCCUGUGAUUCGAACCCAAGUUCAAACCCUGGUCAGCAAAUUCCUUCAGAUCCAUUAGGUGAUGACCAGGGAGGGAGGGAGGGAGAGAGAGAGAGAAUGAGCAGGACUCAGGAGGGACUAGAGAUUCACCCACUGUGGAGGGCAGAUCCGAGGACCUCAGAUUUCCAAGAAAGAAGCCACAGGCCCCAUCGCUUUUGUGGAUGUGACACGGCGACAGUCCCAGAGCAUGACUGUCCCUGGGGCCACAUGGAAUGAGGAAUGAGAAGGUGGACACAGACCACACCGUUCUCAGGCAGCCUUUCAUCUAGGUUGUAGUUUGCAAGGCCCUGUCAAGGGAAAAUGCUAGAAGGUGGAGUGUAGCAGGGAGCAUCCAUGGGGAACAAGCCUCCCUCUGACACCAGGGCCGCGAUCUCACCAUUGUGGAGGAGGGAGCCCUUCCUGACCUCAGGAGCCUGGCCUCGGAAUGGAAUCUCCUAAGAGACGGAGUGGGGCAGCAGGGAGGACAGGCAGGAGCUGGCGAGAGUGGGCCCCAGAGGGAGCCCCUGGGAAGGGAAGUGGCUUGGGGGUGUUGCUGCUACUGUUAUUCUAGGGCAGGUGGGGUAGGUGGGCGAGCGUCUCCCAAAGAAACCCCUGCUCACGCGACCGUUCUCUCCUAAACGUCUGGAAGGAGACAUGUGAAAUUAGGAGGGGUGAAGGGAAACAGAAGGUGCGAAGGAGAGGACAAGCGCCCUAGGAGAACCAGCAGGGACGGGCUGAUCCCAAGGACCGGCUGCGAGAGCAACCCCGGGAUUUCGAGGAAGAAGGACCUUUGGAGAAAGCCGAGUGACUGAGAUUGAGGCCGCUGAGGAGCCCCGCUGAGAUGGGAGCCCAGCAGAGGGGCUGGAGGUUCUCAGAAGGGCAAACCAAGGAUGGAGAAGGAGGUUGCAGUGGGCACGGAAGAUGUGCCCCCGCCAGAUGGGGCAGAAUGUCCAAACCAAAUCAAAGAGUUGGGGGGGGAGGGGCUCUAAGCAAACGCACACCAGGACAGCUGAGAAGUGACCAUUCUCUGUUGAAAUCUAAACCCAAAGCACCUGCCACACCAGCCCCCACGACUUACCAGUAUUUGGUAUCCAAAUGUGAAUGAACUGAUGUCUUUGCUUGAAGACAGACAACUGUGCAUCCUGGGUAACUAAGGGAGUGUGGAACCAGGCAGUGAGUGCACAGGAA